GUCGGCUGUCAGUCUGAGCGGCGUGUGGAGGUCAUGCUUGUGGGUCCAACAUGGCUUUUCUGGACCCGACUCUCCUGCUCUGUGUGUACGGCUUCUUCUCCAGCCUCCGGCCGUCGGAGCCUUUCCUCACCGCCUACAUGAUGGGACCGGACAAGAACCUGACGGAGACUCAGGUUGUCAAUGAAAUCUAUCCAGUUUGGACAUAUUCCUACCUGGCGUUGCUGUUCCCCGUCUUCCUGAUCACUGACUACCUCUGUUAUAAGCCCGUGUUGCUGCUGCAGGCCACCAGUUUAGUAGUUACGUAUAUAAUGUUAUGGAAGACGCAGGGCAUGGUGGCCAUGCAGCUCCUAGAGUUUUUCUUUGGACUGGCCACGGCCUCGGAGGUGGCCUACUACGCCUACAUCUACAGUGUGGUGGAGCCGGCACACUACCAGAGAGUGACGGGCUACUGCCGCAGCAUCACGCUGUUUGGCUCCGCUGCUGGAUCUCUGAUGGGACAGCUCCUGCUCUCCUUGGCCAAAGUUCAGCUGGUCCACCUCGUCAUCAUCACACUGGCGUCGGCCUCGGCGGCCUUCGUUGCUCCCUGGUUUCUGCCCAUGCCCAAGAGGAGCUUGUUCUUCCACAAGGGUCUAGAAGGAGCGGAGGAGAGGCCACGCACCAGCAGCACGGCCCUGCUGGAGAAGGCGGAGGAUUCAUCAGGCAGGUUGCCUUUGAACGGCCAUGACGCCCGCACAAUAUGCAGCACCCCUGAGACAAGAAAGCAUAGCAGCGGUCUUGUGGAGGUGUUAAAGAUUUUGUUUGAUGACUUCCUGAAGUGCUACAGAUGUCAGUCCCUCCUGGCCUGGUCGCUGUGGUGGGCGCUGGCCACCUGCGGCUACUUCCAGGUCAUCAACUACGCUCAGGCACUGUGGGAGAACAUUCGUCCAUCCCAGGAAUAUGAAAUCUACAACGGCUACGUAGAGACACUGGCCACACUGCUAGGAGCUCUGGCGGCUCUGCUGGUGGGUUAUCUGCCUGUGUGCUGGGCUGUGUGGGGGGAACUGGCUCUGUUUCUCCUCUCCCUCCUGAUGGCUGCGUGUGUGUUUGUUAUGGACACAGUGAGGAACAUCUGGCUGUGUUACAGCUCAUACAUCCUCUUCAGAGCCAUAUACAUGCUGCUCAUCACCGUGGCUACAUAUCAGAUCGCAGCCAGUCUCAACAUGCAGCGCUAUGCCUUAGUGUUUGGAGUGAACACCUUCAUUGCCUUAAUGCUGCAGUCUGUCCUCACCGUGGUGGUGGUGGACACAGCUGGUCUUGGCCUCGAUGUCUUCACUCAGUUCCUCAUCUAUGGUGGCUACUUUGCUGUCAUUUCUGGGAUCUUCCUCUUUGCUGGGAUUUUCAAACUGGCCUCCAGGAGGCGCUCCAAGCAGCAGGAGGAGGAGGAAGAGGAGGAGGAAGAGGAGCAGGCCGACAGCCCGGCAGAAAGGACACCAUGAUAGAUUUUGAUUAGCUUCUCACAUACUAAUGAGGUGAGUGAGCGCAGUGGCAGUGGCUUUGGCUACAUUUAUUUUAACACUAUAUUAUGGUCACUAUGUGGCUGGAGAGCAGGCUGACAGGUACGCAGCCCGACAUAUUGUCAUCAUUUUGUUAUUAUGACAAAUAUGUUAGAUAAAUGGGCAGGUGGUGUACAUUGGGUUUAUUACAGUUUGUUUGGUAAAAGCGGCUACCUGCUGCAGCUGGUAACUUCUUUUAUGACUGAAACCCCUGAUGAGAGCACUGAGACCAACACUACAGAAAAUGUGCACUUUGAAUAAUCGGUGAGCGUAAAGAGCUGCACAGUGAAGUGAAAAGUCUUCAUAGGGUCCCUUUGAAAACUGGACUGACACCACUUUUCUUGUGCUGCUUUCUGAUGCCUUUCACAAGUAUUUAAACCUUUGAAC